AUGGAAAGUCAAUCGCAAGCAAGUUCUGGCGUUUCCCUCGGGAAGGGUGCUUGGGACUGCGAUGCGAGGAUGGCAAUUCCCCCAGAAAAAGAGGCCGAAGUAUUUGAAGAGAUUGCUACUAUGGACUUCCCUUUCGAAGGCAUCCCUACUGUUCCUCCUCGGAAGGACAUGGAUCACAUGACAUUCUUUUGUGGAGGCUGCAGAUACAGAGUGACAGCAUACCCUGACUGGACAGCUGCUAAGGUAAAGCAAGCACUCUGGGCAGGAGGCAUACAGAGAUCCAACAAGCCAAAGGACAAGUCCAGCACGCCAGGUCUUCAGAAAUGGGAAGAUCUGGCACUGAUUUAUGCUGGCCAAAUUAUGGAGGACGAGAGGCAGCUGAAAGAGUACAGCGUGCCACCGGGAUGCCAAGUAUGCAUUGCCGUGGAGACUGCAAAGCUCAAUGCAGAUCCAGAUGCUGACUCUGCCUACUGGAAUUGA